AGUCGAAGUGGGCGUUGUUGGUUUUCGUGGCGCGAUGUGAGAAGAGGCCUCGUCACCCAAUAAGUUUUUCGCUCUUUCCACCCUUUGAAAUAGGAAACGAGAUAUUCUCAAUAUUUUGGCAUUUUAUUUUUUGUUUUCAAAAGUAGUACUCUUUCUCUCGCAACAGAGCCUACAAAGUAUUCCACACAGCCGCGCGGCCAUCUUUGCUUGUUUCGAAAAUAUGUAUAUUUAGGAAGGAAAGAAGCACAGCCUUCGCAGCGAACAGAGCGUGUAUUCUCCCUCUUUCCCCUUCUCUACCAUGCGUAACCGGCGCUCAUCGGCCCCCGACGUGUGUCGGAAGAACGAUGCCAGCGAUGUACGGUCGUCGUCACCCGUCGUGGGAGGCGCAGCGCGAAUCCCACCACGACGCCACAAGGAACUCGACGUCGAAGAUGCCGCCCUGUGUGAUGCAUACGCAAUUAACCUGCGUCGCGAGUCAGAGGACAUGGAGCUGCGACGUCCCUCCUUCUGGCGUAUUCGCUGUUCUUCUAGCAUCUUCGUUGGACUCUUUAUCUGGGCUCUCAUAGGUUUGGUGGUUUUGUUCAAGGUCAGUGGAAGUGCGCAGGUGGAGGCGGCGUCGACAGCGCUCAUCCCAGCUGAAGCGGUGCUCCCCGAUGGCUGUCGUGGGGAUUACUGCUUCGAGGAGGGCGGCACGGAGCCGUUUGGGGCUGUCCUCGGCGCCCACGACGGCGUCUACGCCUACAGCAACUGCUACGCCCACAGCUGCGUCUCGUUUGUGGACUUCGAGUACCCCAUUCCCCUCCCACCCGGCGCCCACACUCCGCUGGACGACCCGCAGGCGACGACACGGCUGAUGCGGACCGGCAUGAAGUGGCAGUGUGUGGAGUACGCCCGGCGCUAUUGGAUGUUGCGUGGGACGCCCGCGCCGGCCGUUUUUGGAGCAGUUGAGGGUGCCGCCGACAUGUGGACGGACCUGUCGUUUGUCACGCUUCUCGACAACGUAACUACCGCACCGCUGUGGAAGUACACCAACGGGGCCCCGGUCGGCAGCGGCGGCAGCGCGCCACGCGUCGGCGACCUUCUGAUUUACCCCCGCGACACGGACGGCAAGUUUCCCUUCGGGCACGUCGCGGUGAUCGUCGGCGUGGAGCUGCCAGGGGAGCGGCCGCAGGCGACGACGAACAGUGACGAGGCGCACGCGGCGCGGGAGGGUCGGGCGUACAUCGCGGAGCAGAACUGGCACAGCAGCCCGUGGCCGGAGCCGUACCACAACUACUCGCGGUGGCUGCCGCUGGAGGUGACGGCCACGCCGCAAGGCACGUCAGUGCAGUACACCCUGCACGAUAAAUACCAUGCUAUUCUGGGUUGGAUGCGAUAUGGCGAGCCGUAA